CACCCACCGGAAGUAAACAACACAGGCGCUGCUACAGUUAGCCGUGUGGACGAUUUGAGUUAGCUUGAAGACGGUGAUGAAUUCCAGACCUGGAUAAUUAUUUAUUUUCUAAUUAAACAACGAUGUCUUCAGUUGAGUAUUUGAGAGAGUUUGUUAACGAGCGACUAACUGCUGCUGCCGAAGAAAUAUUCGGAGUUUUUAAAAGGACCAUCGUCGAGUAUGAGGAAGAGAUCGACCGUCAGCGCAGACUGUUGGAUAUCGUCUGGAAACCUGAUAUAAAGUUACACAGAAUAGAGCUCCCACAGCAACAUGUCUGUAAGGAGGAGGAGGUUCUCUCUGACCAGCAGCUCUGUAUUCUGGAGAGGAACUCCAGUCUGGACCAAGAGGACCCAGAGCCUCCACAGAUUAAAGAGGAGCAGGAUGAACUGUGCACCAGUCAGGAGGGAGUGCAGCUUGUACUGAAGCAGGAGACUGAUGCUUUUAUGGUGACUUCUACUGAUGAGGAAAGUGACUACGGUGAAGCUCUGAACUUUAGUUUGGAUGACACUCAGAGUGUGGUGAAAGAAAAGCACCUAAACUACAUUUCAGUUAACAGCUCUGUGGUGCAAGAACCAAACAGUGACCACCUGCUCCUCUUUCACAACUCUCAGAGCCAAGAUCAGGAUCAUGAGCAUGGAGACUCCGGACCGACUAGAAAUGCAGAGACAGUGCUACACACUCAACAUCACAAUAGCAACAGUCACACUGACAGUACAACUAAUCCUGCCAUGGUAACAUUUCACUGCGAUAUUCAAACAGGUAAAAAGUCUGUCAAAUGUGGCACGUGCGGGAAAACUUUUAGGUGCAAGUCAUAUUUGCAGAGACACCUUUUAACCCACACAGGUGAGAAGCCGUAUUCUUGCAACACCUGUGGGAAAAGAUUCAGUCAGACAUCAAUACUGAAGGCUCAUACAAGAGUCCACACGGGUGAGAAGCCACAUUGUUGCAUCACCUGUGGGAAAAGAUUUCUUCGGAUAUCAGAUCUGAAAAAUCAUGUAAGAGUCCAUACAGGUGAGAGGCCAUAUUCUUGCAAAAUGUGUGGAAAAGCAUUUGCUCGCCACAGUUGCUUGUUGGUCCACAUGAGAAUCCAUGCAGAUAUGAAGCCACAUACUUGCACCACCUGUGGGAAAAAUUUCAGAACGAGCGGUCAGAUGACACGCCACCUGAGAACCCACACAGGCGAGAAGCCGUAUUCUUGUAGUGCCUGUGGGAAGAGAUUCGGUUGGCCAUCAUUGUUGGCGGCUCAUACAAGAAUCCAUACGGGAGAGAGGCCGUAUUCAUGCAAAACAUGUGGGAAAGUUUUCAGACUUAAAAGUGCCUUGAAACUCCACAUGAGUACUCACACAGGUGAGAAGCCGUAUACAUGUGUAACGUGUGGGAGAGCUUUCAGUUUCAGUACUAACUUGAUCAGCCACACGAAAAUCCACACAGGCGAGAAGCCAUUUUCCUGCAACAUCUGUGGGAAAGACUUCAGACGUAACUAUGAGUUGAGAGUCCACACGAGAAGAACUUCAGUCGAGUAUUUGAGAGAGUUUGUCAUCGAGAGACUAACUGCUGCUGCUGACGAAAUAUUCGGAGUUUUUAAAAGGACCAUCGUCGAGUACGAAGAAGAGAUCGACCGUCAGCGCAGACUGUUGGAUAUCGUCUGGAAGCCUGAAAUUAAGUUACACAGCAUUGAGCUCCCACAGCACCAUGCCUAUAGGGAGGAAAUGGCUCUCCCUAGCCAGCAGCUCUGUAUUCAGGAGAGCAACUCCAGUCUGGACCAAGAGGACCAGGAGCCUCCACAGGUGAAAGAGGAGCAGGAGGAACCCCGCAGCGCCCAGGAGGAGAAGCAGCUUGUACUGAAGCAGGAGACUGACGCCUUUAUGUUGACGCCUACUUAUGAUGAAAGUGACCACAGUGACGAUCAUGGUCUGAACUUUAUCAUUGAUGAAACUCAGAAUGUGGUGGAGGACAGGCCUCUUAACUACAUUUCAGUUAACAGCUCUGUGGCACCAGAACCAACCAGUGAGAGGAGCUGGUUCUUCUCUCACAACUCUCAGAGCCAAGAUCAGGACAGAGGCGAGCACGGAGACUUAGGAUCGACUAGAAUUGCAGGGUCAAAACAACAGAAUCAGCAUUACAAAAGCAACAGUUACUACAUUAAUAUAACUGACCCCACUAUCGCAACCAUUCACUAUAAUACCCACACAGGUAAAAAGUCUUUCAAGUGUAACUUGUGUGAGAAAGUUUUUAGGUGCAAGUCAGAUCUGAAGAGACACCUGAAAAUCCACACAGGUGAGAAGCCGUAUUCCUGCAACACUUGCGGGAAAAGAUUCAACCAGCCGUCAAUACUGAAGGCUCACAUAAGACUCCACACAGGCGAGAAGCCGUACCUUUGCAACACCUGUGGGGAACGAUUCUGUCGAUCAUCUGAUCUGAAGGCUCAUAUCAGAGUCCACACGGGCGAGAAGCCACAUUUGUGCAAAACAUGCGGGAAAGAUUUCCGAUCAGGCAGUCACCUAAAAGUCCACAUGAGAACUCACACAGGUGAGAAGCCGUACACAUGCCAAACAUGUGGGAGAGCUUUCAGACUUAUUGGUCACCUGAUUGGCCACAUCAGAACCCACACUGGUGAGAAGCCAUAUUCUUGCAAAACCUGUGGGAAAAAUUUCAGACUCAGUGGUACCUUGAAAGACCACAUGAGAAGAAUGCACUAACCUAAAUCUUUGUCAUCAUAUUAUUGCGUUACUCAUAUUCCUGCGAUCAGUAUUUCUUUAAAACAAUCAUAAUCUCCCAAAUUUUUUUGAAAAGACUUUGUAUAUAAUGCUGAAUUCACCCUGAUGUCUCAAUAUGAGCUAAUUCUGUUCAUCAAGCUGCAGAUGGGUGUGACUGACAUCCAAAGUAAAAGUUACAGUGAAGAACAUUUCUCUCUGAGUGUUAAGUUAUAACAUGCAGGUGUUUUAAUGUUGCAGCUCACUGGCUGGAGGUUAAGUUAAAGUAUGAUUUGAUACUGUAUGGUAGUUUGAUGCCUCAUAUUGAGCGGUGGAAUGUAACUACAUGUACUCAAAUACUGUACUUAUGUAUAACAUUGAGUGUGGUGAGGUUAAUUUUAAGUUGGAUAUUCUAAACACAUUGUCUUUGGAUCCAGCGACGUCAGAUUCACGACGUGUUGGCCGUUAGCUCACCUUAUCAUGCUUACCCAGUGGGGUUGACGAAGGGACCAUAAAUAUGUUACUGUUUAAAACUGUUAUUUUUUUUUCAGUAUUCUCAUGCCGACUUGCCCAUACUGCAUAAAAUUAUGUUUAAAAAAUUAUGCUAAAUUGGUCUAAUGUAGCACACUUAUUUUGAUUGUUAAUGUGUUUCUCAUUUAUUUUACAUGAAUAUUAUUUAUAGAAAAUAAUGGCACCAUACAUGCAAUGUGAUCCACAUUUAAUUUCAGGAUACAAAGACAUACAUUAUCUGUGUAAGAACACAUCCUGCCUUGACUGAAUAUGAUAAAAAAAAAAACCGCUGGGUCAGAUCUUUUUUGAACAAAAUACAGUUUAACAAAUCUUUUUCUUUUAUUGAUAUUUGUGUUACAUUUAAAAUACAAUCUUGUCUCUCUCUUAGCCCAGCUGAAGUUCAGUGGACACUCCUGAAGGCAACUAACGAUUAAGUGUAUUUAUUGAGCUCUGGCUUUAAGGCAUAAUAUAAACUCAUUCUGACUUCUUUUGUCUCGAAAUGGACAGUGAAGAUGCUGUUUACAGUGUAGUGUGGUGUGAAAACAAUGAAUAACAGUUACUCUGCUGGAUAUGAUUGUGUUCAUUUGUAUUGUAUAUACUUAAUGCACUAUCGCCGUUAUUUCAAUAAACUCAGAUCUCUUUUACU